CUGGCUCCGGUCUCCUCAGUGCUUUGCUACAGCUGGGCGCCUCAACCACCUCUUGUGCCCACCUAAGGAUCACACCUGCUACAAUGCGUGUCAGCGCUGUGGUGGCGGUGCUGGCUUGCCUGGCCGCUGCUGAUGCCAUUGAGAAGCGGACAAUUAGCACUACAGCUUUUGGCGACGCCUUUGAGUCUGCUGCUGAUAUAAUUUUUUCUGGACUUCGAGCAAAAUCUGGAUUCGGAAGUAGUCGUGUGACUGGAGGAGGAGCAGGAAUAGGAAGUGGCGUUAGGAUUGGAGGAGGAGGUGGAAUAGGAAGUGGUCUUGGGAUUGGAGGAGCUGGAUUAGGAAGUGGUCUUGGAAUAGGACACCUUGGAUUAGGGAAUGGUAAUGGAAUUGGGGGAGUUGGGUUAGGUGGUGUUGGAGGCAUUGGAGGGGUUGAGGAUAAAUUGGACGAUAUUGAAGAUAAAGUGGAAGUUGUUGAAGAAGCUGCUAGUGGAGUACUAAGUGGUGUUGCAGGACAUGGUGGUGUUGGAGGACUUGGUGGUGUUGGAGGACUUGGUGGUGUUGGAGGACUUGGUGGUGUUGGAGGACAUGGUGGUGUUGGAGGACUUGGUGGUAUUGGAGGACAUGGUGGGGUUGGAGGACUUGGUGGUGUUGGAGGACUUGGUGGUAUUGGAGGACAUGGUGGUGUUGGAGGACUUGGUGGUGUUGGAGGACAUGGUGGGGUUGGAGGACUUGGAGUGGUUGAAGAUAAAUUGGACGUUGUUGAAGAUAAAGUGGAAGAUGCUGCAGAGCUUGCUGUUGCUGGAGCUGCUACAGCCAUUGGAGGAGCUGGUUCAGCUGCAGCCAUUGGAGGACUGGCUGGUUCAGCUGCAGCCGUGAAGGAAGAAGUGGCUGAGGAAGUGGUGGAAGGUAUCGCAGACUUGGCACUAGGAGCAGCAGCAGCAGUAGGCGGCUCUGGUGUCAGUGUUGUUGAAUCCAGCGCCGAAGGCGGACUUGGUGGAGCCGGCAUUGGUGGUCUUGGGCAUGGUGUUGGACUCGGUGGUCUUGGGCACGGUGUUGGACUCGGUGGUCUUGGGCACGGUGUUGGACUCGGUGGUCUUGGGCACGGUGUAGGACUCGGUGGAGGUGGUCUUGGGCACGGUGUUGGACUCGGUGGAGGUGGUCUUGGGCAUGGUGUUGGACUCGGUGGAGGUGGUCUUGGGCACGGUGCUGGGCUCGGUGGAGGAGGUAUUGGUGGUCUUGGGCACGGUGGAGCCAGCAUUGGUGGUCUUGGGCACGGUGUUGGACUCGGUGGAGGCGGUCUUAGGCACGGUGCUGGGCUUGGUGGCGCCGGCAUUGGGGGUCUUGGGCACGGUGGAUCUGGCAUUGGGGGUCUUGGGCACGGUGGAUCCGGCAUUGGUGGUCUCGGUGGGGUUGGUCUCCGUGGAGGCAGCAUUGGUGGUCUUGGACACGGUGGAGCCAGGAUUGGUGGUCUUGGCGGGCUUGGACACGGUGGAGCCGGCAUUGGUGGUCUUGGCGGGCUUGGGCACGGUGGAGCCAGCAUUGGUGGUCUUGGACACGGUGGAGCCAGCAUUGGUGGUCUUGGACACGGUGGAGCCAGCAUUGGUGGUCUAGGACACGGUGGAGCCAGCAUUGGUGGUCUUGGACACGGUGGAGGUGGAAUCGGAGGGGCCAUUGGAUCUGUGGUCAAUAAUGGGCUCAGAAAAGGACAAAUCGUGGGAGUCAGCACAGUCUUAAGAGGCGGCAACCAUGGCUUCCCUCGCACUUACUAUGGAGGUCUCAGAAGCCUCGGAGGCCAUGGAAGCCUAGGAGGUCUUGGAGGUCACGGAAGCCUUGGAGGUCUCGGAGGCCAUGUAAGACUUGGAGGUCUCGGAGGCCACGGAAGCCUUGGAGGUCUCGGAGGUCACGUAAGACUUGGAGGUCUCGGAGGUCACGGAAGCCUUGGAGGUCUCGGAGGCCACGUACGACUUGGAGGUCUCGGAGGUCACGGAAGCCUUGGAGGUCUCGGAGGUCAAGUAAGACUUGGAGGUCAUGGAAGCCUUGGGGGCAUCGGAAGUCACGUAAGACUUGGAGGUCUCGGAGGUCACGGAAGCCUUGGAGGUCACGGAAGCCUUGGAGGACACAUAAGACUUGGAGGUCUCGGAGGUCAUGGGAUCUACCGCCGUCCAUAUGGUUACGGCUUCGGUCGGUAGAGCACCGCUCGCAAGCGUCCAGGGAGGCCAGCAGCUUCUUGUGUACUCUCCGGAAAAAAAUAAAUAAUUUUCCAUUGUUUAA